CGAAAGGACGAUCUCCCAUGUGUGCCUUCCCCCCUUCCUCACCGGCUUUUGCCGAAGAGAAGGAAUGCCAAGCAGCACGACAUCUCGGGGAAUCUCGGCUGGACCUCCAGUGAUGUGAGGAGAUGGGCAUCCCACCGGGGCUGGGGCCCUGACCUGCGGAGCAUUUCCUUUCAAGAGAAGCCGGCGGGAUUGAGGCCAACAGCGAAUCCGAGCAAUCCCCCUCCUCUCCCUCUCUCUCUUACUCCCCUCUCAUCCCGACCCUCUUCCCCUUCCUUCUCCUUCUUGACUCCGGGCUCCCAUCUCGCCUCUCUCCGACCCUUCAGUGUCAAUGACCUCCGCCGAGCGCAUUCGUCCCCGGCCAGCGGAGCCGGACGCCGAUCUCUCAGCUGCCCACCCGCUGAAGGUAGCCCGCUCAGGUGGGACCCCGACCACUGGAGCCGGCUGUGCUGCUGUCUUCCCUCUACGUGGGGCCAUCCAACACUACGAGUGGGGCACUACCGGUUCGGAAAGCUUGCUUUACAAAUUCGCUCGCGACGCACACCAGUACGCCCCGACCGACGACCACAGUCGGACUCCCUUUGCGGAGCUCUGGCUGGGAACGCAUCCCAGUGGCCCGGCCUCGGUCCUGACGAGCCCCGAGGCAGCUGCGGAUGACCCCCGGCCCGCAAGCAGCCUGGGUGACGCCCGGGCCGUGACGCUGGGGGCAUUCAUCGGCGCCCAGCCGGGGGUUCUCGGGGUCGGAGCGGCAGCCCCGACUCCGGGGGCCGAACUGCCCUUCCUGCUCAAGGUUCUGUCCGUGCGCACGGCCUUGUCGAUCCAGGUGCACCCAGAUCGCACAGCGGCCCGGCUACUCCACCGCGAGUUCCCGGCUGUCUAUCGUGAUGACAACCACAAGCCGGAGAUGGCAAUUGCCCUGGGGCCGGAGCCCUUCCGCGCCAUGGUGGGCAUCCGUCCGCUGUCGGAGAUCUUCGAGUUGGCCCUGGCCACGCCAGAGCUGACCACCAUCUUGGACCUGGAGCAUGCUGGCGGAUCGGCUGUCCUGGACCGGCCGACGUCGAUCCUGCCCCCUCGGCAGGAUGACGCCUUCGAAGCGGGGGUGUCCCCCUUGAAGCAUGUGGCUGCUUUGUUGGCCGAGGCAUCCUCGGUUGGAGGGGCUGCACCUGGCGACAUGGCUCUCCGGACGGCAGCCUUCCGGGUGUUUGAUUGCCUGAUGCGCGCGCCGGAGGGUGUGGUGGCCGUGCAGGCUGCCACCCUGCUGGCUCGGCUGCAGGCUGAUUCGUCCAUUUCCGCUGACCGUAUGGACCCCUCGCUGCCGGUCCUGGCACGGGCCAACAACCUGGCUUUGCGUCUGUCGCAACAGUACCCGGGGGAUCGGGGAAUUUUCUGUGCCUACCUGCUGAAUGAGGUUUUCCUUCAGCCGGGCGAGGCCAUCUUCCUGGAAGCCGGCCUGCCACAUGCAUAUGUGUCUGGCGAUUGCAUCGAAUGCAUGUCGGCCUCGGAUAACGUCGUGCGAGCUGGGCUCACCCCGAAGUUCCGUGAUGUCGGGACCCUCCUGUCGAUUCUUGACUCGACACCCGCCCCGGGCAGCCGAUUCAUGGUGCAGCCGAUCCCGCAGCCAAGCGAUACCGGACGGCCCGGGCUCGAAACCCUGCGGUAUCCUUCUCCCGCGCCGGAAUUCGAGGUGGAUCGGCUGUGCAUGACGACUGGCUCCUGCGAUGCGGCCCCAGUCGACGUGCCAAGCAUUCUCCUUUGCGCGGCCGGGCGCGGCCGUGUGGCCGGCCUCGAGUGCGCGCCCGGCUCGGCCUUCUUUGUGCCAGCGGGUGCCGGGGUCUCACUUGUUGGCGCCGGUGAGGAAUCUCUGAUCCUGUACCGGGCACGCUCGAACCCGGCGGCCGACAAGCAGUAGGAGUCCCCUCUCUGUCCCUCUCUGUCGAGUGUGCCUGUGCGUGCGUGCGUGCGU